AUGCUCGGCCUGGAGCUGUCUGUUCUCCGGGGGUUUGUUCCGCAGUCGGAGGAGGAGGAUCUGAAGCGGAGCGUGUCCAGUCUCACAGAUGUGACUUUGCUGCUGGAGCUUUUCUUCAGAGGAGACUUCAGAGGUGUCCUCCAGAGCCCAGUGGUCCACGAGCUGCUGUGUGAGAGCGGCCAUGUUGGAGAGGUGUGUGAGGCCGACCACAGCGGCGGCCAUGUUGGGGAGGUCACAGAUGUUGAGCGUCACCUGCAGAAGAUACUGAAGCUCCAUCUGGACUCUGCAUCAGACGAAGAGCAGAGGAAGAGCAGAGAGCUGGUGCUGCUGCUGGUGGCCGUCUCGUCGCUGCAGUUGUUUGCUCAGAGCAACUGGACCGGACCUGAUCUGGACCUGGAGGACUCAGACCUGCUGCCACUUGCACUACGGACCACACAGGUCAGAUCUUCAGUCCUGGCCUCUCUCCUCCUGGAUGGGGAGAGUGUGUACCCUCUGGUCUCCAAUCCUCUGCUCCUGCUCCUCUCCAGAGUUCUCCUCAGCUCACUCUGCUCCUCUGGAUCUCUGCAGCUGGUUUCCUGGUGGACUCUGCGCUGUCUCUCUCUCCAUCAGCAGAUCCUGGAGGCCUGUUCCCCUCAGCUCCUGUCAGUCGCCCAAAGCUGCAUCACAGCAGUGGAGCAGUGUGAUCUGCUGCAGCCGCAUCAGCUCAGUCUGCUGCUUCAGUUCCACCUGGAGUGUGUUUACAUAAACCUGAAUUAUUACGAGUUCUCAGAAGCCAAGAGGCACAUGAGGAGAGCAGAGGAGCUGUCGGGACUGAGGGUGCAGCCCACCGGUGUUCUUGGUAAACGAACUCGGUUCCAGCAGAAGAGUUUGGCGCAGCUUGUGCUUCAGGUGACGCGGAGCAGCGAGGCGCCUGAUUGGACCAAAAGCGAGGCAUGCCCCGCCCCCACACCUGUCGAUCAGCUGCCCAAGGACUGUGAUCUGAACGAUGACACUCGUCUGGAGCAGAUCUCUCUGGAGGAUCCUGAGGAGAUCCACCUCCCACAGCUGAGCGCCGAGGAGCAGGGCGUGGUGCUGGGGCUUUGCACAGACUUCCAGAAGAACAACCCUCAGCACAGACUGACUGAGGAGGAGCUGCUGACCUUCACUACGGUCUUACUAUUGCAGCCUCAGUUCUGGUCUGUGGAGGUGUGUGGUCUGAUGCUGAGGACGCGGCUGGAGCGAGGGCAGCGGCGGUGUGUGGAGAGAGCCAUGACGCAGACACAGGUGCUGGUGGAUUAUUUCAACAGUUCCAUCUGCUCUGCGCCUGAACGACUGAAGAUGUUCUAUGUGUGUCGACCGCCGCCAAAGUGGACUGUUCAGAAAACCCUGGCCUCUCUCCUGGUGGAUCUGGGCUGCACCAGCUCAGCUCUGCUCACGUUUGAGAAGCUGCAGAUGUGGGAAGAGGUGGUGGUCUGUCUCGAGAGACUGGGACAGCACGGCAAGGCGGAGCAGAUCCUGAGGAGAGAGCUACAGGUCCAGGAGACCCCCAGCCUGUGGUGUUUGUUGGGGGACGUUUUGAGGGAGCAUGAGUUCUAUGACAGAGCGUGGGAACUGUCCAAACAGCGCUCUGCCAGAGCCAUGCGCUCCAAGGGUCUGCUGCACCUGCAGCAGCAUGAGAUGGACCUGUGUGUGCGCUGCUUCCAGGAGUCUCUGCGCAUCAACAGGAUGCAGCUCGGUCUCUGGUUCUCUCUGGGGUGUGGAUAUCUGACUCUGGAGAACUAUGAAGGAGCAGCAGAAGCGUUCCAGUCAUGUGUGUGUCUCGAACCAGACAACGCUGAGGCCUGGAACAACCUUUCCACAGCCUACAUCCGACUGAAGAAGGAUUACAAAGCCUUCCUCACGCUGCAGGAGGCGCUCAAGUGUAACUUUGAGUCGUGGCAGAUCUGGGAGAACUUCCUGUUGGUGAGCACCAACGUGGGCGGUUUCCAGGACGCCAUAAGAGCUUACCACCGCCUGAUGGACCUACGGGACGCCUACAAGGACACCGAGGUCUUGUCGUACCUAGUGCGUGCGGUGGUGGAGGACCUGCCGGACAGACAGGGGGCGCCCUCCUCGGUGCUCAAGCCCAAACUGAAGGAGCUGAUGGGCAGAGUGAGCGCGCGGCACAGCAGCGACGCAGACGUGUGGGCGCAUUACGCCAAGCUGUACGGCGGGGGCGCCAGCGAGAGCCCAGAGGACAACCACAAGGCUCUCCAGUUCUUGUCUAAAGCUCAUCGCUGUGAGACGCAGAAAACCAACUGGCACCAGGACCCUGUGCUGUUCAGAGGAGUCCUGCAGAGGGCGCUGUCCAUGGGCCAAGUGAGUCUGUCGGUGUCUCGGUCCAAAACCUCCUCUGAAGCUCUGCAGAUCCUGUCCUCCAGCCGCCUCAGCCUCAACAGCCUGCUGUCCAAGGCCAAGCAGCUGCACUGUGACCCCGCCAGUGGAGAGGUCUGUGAGGAGCUGAAGGACGAGCUAACCACGCUAGCUCAGCUCAUCACACAGAUCCAUGAAGAGAGCGCCACCCUCAGGAGCCAAUCACAAUGA